CUCCACAAGCUUACAAGUUACAUCUCCUGGUCGGCAGCCAGCUCAUACCUCCCUCCAUCUCGGCAACCACAGGAAGAAGACGACGCUUUGCUCACAUAUAUCCGCUAGCUGCUGGGCUACGUGAUCGAUUCGACGGCCAUUGCUGUUGCAGUGUGUUGCGCCUUCUCGCUGCCCUCAAUACAAGCGUCUUCUCUGAAUCCACACACCCAAACCCAAUGCGAAGCAGAACACGCUUGCUCGGAGUAGCCGCCGCCGUCUUCGCAUGGCUCGCCGCCUCCUGCUCGCACGCGUUCCCCUUCCCCAUCCCCUUGCUCGAACCCUACACCAGCCAGAAGGACGUUGAUGCCAUCAACGACCUGUACGCGGCGCUGGGCUCGCCGGACCUCGACGGCUGGACGGGGUCGGGAGGAGACCCCUGCAGGGAGGCAUGGCAGGGAGUGCAGUGCGACGGCCCCAACGUGACGGCAAUUUCACUGACGCGUCAUGUGUGUCGACCUGUGGCUGACAGAGACCUCGGAGGUGCAGGACUGGGAGGGAAGCUGAGCCAGACACUUGGAGAUUUCACUGCCAUCACAGAACUGGAUCUGAGCAACAACCAAAUCGGCGGCGCGCUGCCACAGAGCUUACCACCUGCGCUGGCACGACUAGAUCUUUCUUCAAAUAGUCUCAGUGGAGAACUACCGGAUUCGAUGGCAAAGCUAAGCUCACUGUCAACACUGCAUGUGCAGAACAAUCAGCUAAGUGGGACACUCGACGUGCUUCAAGAUCUUCCCCUGACAGAUCUGAACGUGGAGAACAAUCAGUUCUCUGGACCAAUCCCAGACAAGCUGCUCUCAGUCCCCAAAUUCCUACGAAAUGGCAACCACUUCACCGAAGAACCGACCCCCGGGUCCUCCCCAACUCCGGCGACUCCGCCUCCGCCUCCGCCGUCGCCUCCGGUUCAUCCAAGCCAUGUGCCAACACCAGCUGCACCAGAAGAGCCUCCAGUACUCAAUGGCUCACACCCACCCAUAUAUGUGAUUCCAGCUCCUCCACAGGACGCCCCUCCGAACAGACACAGGGGCAGGGUGUCGCCGGCGAAGGCCGCCGGGUUCAGCAUCCUCGCCGCCGGUUCGCUGAGCAUCGCCGUCGUUGCGAUCCUGUUCACGGCGUCGAAACGGCGCAGGGAGAGGUCCCUUCGUGUAGGGUACUUGAGAGGAGCUGAGAUGAGCACGCCGAGCUCGGUGAGGGCGCCUCCUACACUACGUGCAGUUGCCAUUGCCAAACCAGAGAAAGACAGAGACCAUCGUUCAGUUGAAGCUGCUGAGGAGAAGAUGGAGUGGACUCCGAGAGAUUAUGUCAAGGCAGCAGGAUCAUCUUUCAAGAACAGCAGCAACGGGAGCAUCGUGUCAGAUAAGAAGAAUGUUCAGGGCGGUUCAGGAGGCCCGCCACCGCACCUGCAACUCCCUUUCACGCUCUUCACGGUUGCAUCGCUGCAGCAGUACACCAACGGUUUCAGCGACCAGGAUCAGACAAGGGAGACCUGCUUCGGCAAGAUCUAUCCAGCAGAUCGCCCAACGGGAACCAAGCUUUCAGUACUGAAGCUCGACGGCGACGCGGCGAGAACGCCGGUGGCUGAGUUCCUGAAGAUCGUUCAUGGCGUCGCCAGGCUCCGGCACCCUAACGUGCAGGAACUCGUGGGCUGCUGCGUGGAGCACGGCCAGAGGCUGCUCGUCUACAAGCACUUCAGCGACCGCACUCUGGAAGACAUGCUGCGUCUGGAGCAAGCGGCGUCAUCUGGACCUGGAGAGACACUUCGCUGGGAUUCUCGGAUAGCUGUGGCCCUCGAAGCUGCGAAAGCACUAGAGUAUCUUCAUGAGGGCGCCGGGAAGCUGAUGGUGCACCGGCAUUUCAGGCCUGAGCACGUCCUGGUCGACGGCGAGCUCAGGGUGUCCGUCUCCGGAUGCGGCCUUGCUCCGUUCGCGGCUCAGCUGUCGGAUUACUGCGGCGUGACGCUGAGCUACGAGCCGCCGGAAGCGGCCGGCGGCGGCGGCGGCGCUGCCGCGGCGUGGACGCCCAAGGGCGACGUCUACAGCUUCGGCGUCGUGAUGCUGCAGCUCCUCACCGGGCGCAGACCGUACGACAGCUCGCGAGCGCGGGGCGAGAGGCACCUGGUGCCGUGGGCGAGCGCGCGGCUUUACGACCUCGCCGCGCUGGGGAAGAUGGCCGACCCGCGCCUCGGCGCGUCGCCGCCGCCGGUAAGGUCGCUGUCGCGCUUCGCCGACAUCAUCAGCCGGUGCAUACAGCAAGAGGCAGAGUUCCGGCCUGCCAUGUCGCAGGUGGCGCAGGACCUGCGGCGCGCGCUGGAGGACGCGUGCUCGGGGACGGGGAGCGGCGGCGCUGCACAGGCUUAGCUACUUGUGCUCAUGCUCGGCUCGCCGAUGGACCUGCUCUGUCACCUCACGCAUGGAACGGAGCUGCACUGUGCUCAGAUCGGCCGACGCAUCGAAGUCCGGCAGUUAACCAUGUAAAUUUGAUUGUAUUGUUCUUUUCCUUUCUUGUACAAAAAGAACGAUAAAAUUAUAUAGAACAUGUAAAUUUGAUUGUGUUCUUUUUCUUUCUUGUACACAAAGAAUGAUGGGAUUAUAUAGAACAGGUCAGCAGCGAAAUUUGAUCGUCCUGACUUUAAAGCAA